AUGCAGUUUCUCGGCCUCACCCCCGGCCAAGAGAAGAACGAGAUCGAUUCAAGCCCUCUGCUCCUUGUACCGACGCUCCAACAGUCGCCCUCUCUGCAGUGUGGCCUUCUGGGCGGAAUACUGUCGGAGGAUGGCCGGCCAUCAAAGGAAUCGCGCAUCUUUUACAAUGUGAGCUGUCCAUCUAGCAUCUCCAUCUGCGGAAGUCAGGGUUCAGGAAAGAGCAAUACCCUGGCAUGCCUGCUGGAGAAUUGCCUGAUACCUAGCGAUUUGGGAAGAUUGGCUCAUCCACUUGCCGGUGUCGUCUUUCACUACGACAGAUUCGCGUCCGACGAUGGUGGUCUCCCAUGCGAGGCGGCUUUCCUUCCCUCCCAUGCCAAGGUAUCGGCUCGCAUUCUCUGCGCGCCGACGAGCUUCUGCACCGUGAAGGAAGGUGCCAAACCACUCUAUUCAAACGUCAUGCAGCGUAUACUUCGAGACAUGCGACUCGAGCAGCAGGAGAAGGGCUCGCAAUUCGACUACGCUAAGUUCAAACAAGCACUCGCGCGGGAGAAGUUCUCACAGGGGCAGCAAGGUCCUUUGCAACAGCGUCUCGAGACACUGGAAAGUUUCAUGAUCAAAGGAAAAGCCCUAGCCGACGAGGAGAUCUAUUGGGCGCCAAAGGCCGGGCAGCUUACUAUCAUCGAUCUCUCUUGUCCCUGCAUCCCGGCCGGAAUGGCAUGUCUGCUCUUCAACAUCUGCCUAUCUCUCUUCCUGGAGCAGAAGUCGGACGUUGGUCGCGUCGUGGCGCUGGACGAGGCGCACAAGUACCUCGGGCAGCCAGGAGAAAGCCAGGUGCUGACGGACUCGUUGUUGCAGGCUGUCCGCCUUCAGCGACAUCUCGGAGUUCGGAUGUUCAUAUCGACGCAGGAACCUACAAUAUCGCCGAAGCUUUUAGAACUAUGCACCGUGACGAUCGUCCACCGUUUUUCGUCGCCCGAUUGGCUGCGGACCCUCCGCCGUCAUCUCGCGAACGAGGACGCCACUCCCGUGGACGAGGCGAAUUCAGCUACACCUGGGGAGACACGCGCCGUGACGGACUUGUUCCCCAGGAUCACGGCUUUGCGUACAGGACAUAGUCUCGUAUUCGCACCCAGUGCACUGAUCGGGAGGUCUCGGGAUGCGGGGGGGCCCGCUGAUGGCUUUUGCCGGAACGCGAGUGAGCCAACUACCAUACAAUGCCCCUCAGCCAGGGUUCACAUUGCGGCUGUCCUGCUCUGCCAUCACGGCUCUGUCGAUGCGAUGAGCGCCAUUAUGCGCUCGCCCACGCGAAGCGAGUCGCACUCGGUCCCGGCUCGGCACAUCGCCCUGCGGCUGUUUGUAGCCUUCGGACCAAGCAUGCUCCAGCGCGAACAUAGAACCCGCUUUGCCUCGGCCACAUCUGGCACCUCACGCAGCCAGCUCAAGCUGACAUGCUCCCUCCAAUGA